UGCACGCAGUUUGAGGGCCAGUGAGGGUCAGCGUCUUCGUGUCUCCGUCUUCGCUCGGUGGCCCCUGAACUUCUGGGACCGAGCUGCAGACCCAGAACCAGCAGCAUGUUGAGGAUCCGGGUGUUGUUGCCUCUCCUGGUCCUCUGUGCCGGGAGCUUGGACGCCUGGUGGUUGCCCUCGGACACCACAGAGGCUCCGGCGCCGACCACGCCAACCAGCGCCACGCCAGCUAGCACCACGCUAACCAGCGCCACGCCAGCCAGCGCCACGCCAGCCAGCACCACGCUAACCAGCGCCACGCCAACCAGUGCCACGGCAACCAGCGCCAAGCCUGCCAGCACCACGCCAACCAGCGCCACGCUAACCAGCGCCACGCCAGCCAGCACCACGCCAGCUAGCGCCACGCUAACCAGCGCCACGGCAGGCAGCGCCACGCUAACCAGCGCCACACCAGCUAGCGCCACGCUAACCAGCGCCACGGCAGGCAGCGCCACGCUAACCAGCACCACGCCAGCUAGCGCCACGCUAACCAGCGCCACGCCAACCAGCGCCACACCAGCUAGCGCCACGCUAACCAGCGCCACGGCAGGCAGCGCCACGGCAACCAGCGCCACACCAGCCAGCGGCCCGCUGACGGAGGGCGAGGAUGAGGAGGAGGAGGACGACGACCUAUCCGGGGUUGGGGAAGAAAUCCCCAACGCGGCGGCAGGGAUCCAGGAGAGCGGCGUCUCUCUGCUCCAGCUGAUCGGAGACCCCCCCCCCGAUGAGGUCACCAGGGCGUACGGGCCCAGCGGCGAGACGGCCUACGUCUUCACGUCGGCGGCGGUGUCGGGCCAGCCGGCCGUGGCCCACGUGCCCAACCCUUUCCACCGCCACUUCUCCCUCCUCUUCCACGUCAAGCCCUCCACCCCCGCCGCCUCCGUGCUCUUCUCCAUCACCGACGGGCCCCAGAGGAUCAUGUACAUCGGCGUCAAGCUGGGCGCCGUGCGCGGCGGGCGCCAGCGGGUGCAGCUCUUCUACACGGAGCCCGACGCCGAGGCCUCCUACGAGGCGGCCAGCUUCGAGGUGGCGAGCAUGGUGGGCGCGUGGAGCCGCUUCUCGCUGGCGGUCCACGAGGACCGGGUGACCUUCUACCAGGGCUGCGACUCGGCGCCGCAGGUGGUGAAGUUCGAGCGCUCGCCGGACCCCAUGGAGCUGGACGCCGGGGCGGGCAUCUUCGUGGGUCAGGCGGGAGGCGCCGACGGGGACAAGUUCCAGGGGGAGAUCGCCGACCUGAGGCUCCUGGCGAGCCACCAAGCGGCCGAGCGCCUCUGUGACAACGAGGACGACAGCGACGCCCCUUCGGGAGACUGGAGCGGCAGCGGGGAAGGGGAGCGGAUACCCGCCGUACAAACCGUCACGACGAGUCUCACUUCCUCCCGGCCGGUACCAGAACCGCCUCUGAUAUCCUCGGAUGGAUCCGAAACCAAAGAAACAGGUCCGAAAGGAGACAAAGGUGAGCGAGGAGAGAAGGGCUCGGCGGGGGACACGGGCCCCCCAGGGCCGAAGGGAGACUCUGGCUCCGACUCCUCUGAUUCCCCUGGUUCCUCCUCUCAGGGGGGAGAACGAGGCCACAAGGGAGAAAAGGGAGCAAAGGGCAGUUCUGGCUUCGGAUACUCGGGCAACAAGGGAGAGCGUGGGGCCCAGGGCCCCCCCGGGCCCCCCGGCCCUCCCGGCCCCGCGGCUGAGGUGGUCCGACUUGGGAAAGGCUCCGUUGUGAAGCAGGUGUCCGGAGGGCUGGGACCCCCUGGACCGGCGGGGCCGGUUGGGCCUGCAGGACCCCCAGGAGAGGAUGGAGAACCCGGGGACCCCGGGGAGGACGGAAAAACCGGUCCCAGUGGGCCACCAGGUUCUCCCGGGAGUCCAGGAACAUCUGGUGCUAAAGGCGAGAAGGGUGAGCUUGGAGAGGGUCAACCAGGACCCAGAGGCCCCCCGGGGCUACCGGGACCUCCUGGACCCGGGACCGGUGACAACCCGUUCUUCGACAUGGAGGGCUCAGGGUUCGCAGACCUGCACAAGAUUCGGGGUGCCCUCGGUCCUCCGGGCCCCCCAGGGCCUCCCGGCCCCCCUGGGGUCUCAGUGGCUCUGGGACCCGGCGGCCCGAUUGCUUUCGGACCACCCGGACCGCCGGGACAGGAUGGAGUGCCCGGUCUACCAGGCCCUCCUGGUCCACCUGGUAGAACAGGUACACCUGGAGCCGCAGGACAGAAGGGUGACCUCGGUGACCUCGGCCUCCCAGGAGCAGCUGGAGAAAAGCAAACCUCGCAAGACUCCAACUUCUUCACCGACCUGUUUUCUUACUUUGCUCCAUCCUCUACGGGUGCUCAGGGUGACCUGGGACUCCCGGGUGCCUCGGGGCAGGGAGGGCUGGCAGGACUUCCAGGUCCCAUGGGACCAGUUGGACCCCCAGGACCCCCCGGGCCACCAGGACCUACGCCUCGCUUUGGUUAUGGUUACACGGAUGGAGACGGGACUAACAACGGCUCGCCUGGAAUCGCUGGCCCGCCUGGACCUCAGGGUCCAGCCGGUGUCCCAGGCCUACCUGGCAGGCCGGGUUUGCCAGGUAACCAUGGAGACAAAGGAUCAGAGGGACCGGGAGGACCUCCUGGGAUUCCAGGUCUCGACGGCUUCCCAGGACAGCCGGGUGAAAAGGGAAACAGCGGACAGAGGGGGGAGCCGGGUCUGCCAGGGCGAGACGGGGGUCUCCCUGGACCUCCGGGGCCUCCCGGCCCUCCGGGACAAGCCACGUACCAGACGAGCGAUUAUAAUGACGUUUAUUGGGGCCAAGGCUUCCAGGACGGGGUUGGUUUUCCGGGUCGACCAGGAUUCCCAGGCACCCCGGGACCAAAGGGAGACAAGGGAGACUUGGGUCCUUCAGGAUACGCAACUAAAGGGCAGAAGGGAGAGCCGGGUGUCAUCAUGGGCUCCGACGGGAGACCUCAGUACAUUGGUGGUCAGACGGGACCUCCGGGCGACCGAGGACCCGCUGGCCCUGAGGGACCUAGAGGUCCUCCUGGUCCUUCAGGAUACAAGGGAGAGAUCGGGCUACCAGGUAGACCUGGCCGACCGGGGCUGAACGGCGCCAGAGGAGAGAAGGGGGACUCGCACUCCGGGUAUGGAUCCGGUAUCGCUGGUCCUCCGGGUCCACCGGGCCCCCCUGGUCCUCCAGGAGGUUCUUCCCCCACGCUCUCGGAAUAUGAUCACAGGUUUCACCCAGGUAUUAAAGGAGAGAAAGGUGACCGAGGACCUCCAGGGACCCUUGAAAUCACAGGUGGCGGACCAACCUUUGACCUUUCCACUUUUAGGAAUGAGUUGAAAGGGGUUCCGGGCGAUCCGGGCUUCAAAGGAGAGAAAGGAGAACCGGGUGGAGGAUUUUACGGAGGGAGCGGAGUCGGAGUCCCUGGAGUGCCUGGACCCCCCGGUCCCAGAGGUGAAGCAAUCGUCGGCCCACCGGGCCCCCAGGGGCCACCUGGUCAACCAGGAAGAGGUUACGAUGGGCCGCCUGGACCACCUGGGCCGCCUGGGCCACCAGGAGAGUCCUCACCUGGAGCACAAAGGGGCACGCAGACGAUCAAUAUUCCUGGACCCCCGGGACCACCUGGAGUGCCUGGACAACCUGGAUACUCAUCAGGGGUCACAGUGUUGAGGUCUUAUGACACCAUGACAGUCAUCGCUCGAAGGCAGCCCGAGGGCUCUCUGGUCUACGUCGUAGAACAAACGGAUCUCUACAUCCGGGUCCGAGAUGGAGUCCGUCAAGUCCAGCUCGGGGGCUACAUUGCUUUUUCCAGUGAGGAUGGUAAUGAGGUAGCAGCUGUGGAGCCCCCACCAGUCGUCCCCUAUUCCACAGACCACCACCCCAACAGCCCCGCACACGGCGCCGGUGGCGAGAGUCCGGUCCAUCAGCCGGACCCUCGAUACCCUUCAAACCCUGACCCACAAUACCCGCCAAAUCUAGACCCCCGAUACCCUUCAAACCCAGACCCCCAAAACCCAUCAAAUCCAGACCCACGGUACCCUGCAUACCCAGACCCCCGAUACCCUUCAAACCCAGACCCACAAUACCCAUCAAAUCCAGAUCCACGGUACCCUUCAAACUCAGACCCCCGAUACCCUUCAAACCCAGACCCACAAUACCCAUCAAAUCCAGACCCACGGUACCCUUCAAACCCAGACCCCCGAUACCCUUCAAACCCAGACCCACAAUACCCAUCAAAUCCAGACCCACGGUACCCUUCAAACCCUGACCCACAAUACCCAUCAAACCCAGACCCCCGAUACCCUUCAAAUCCAGACCCACGGUACCCUCCAAACCCAGACCCACAGUACCCUUCAAACCCAGACCCCCGAUACCCUUCAAACCCAGACCCAGGAUACCCAACCCAAUACCAACCUGACACUCAAUAUCAGCCGGAUCCGCGGUUCCCGUCUCCAACGGAUCCCAGGUAUCCAAGUUACGCCGACCGGAUAAAUCACGCAGACGGUAGGAUCUCUUUGAAUACGGCCCAGGAACGACCCGCCUACCCGGACCCUCGUUACCCGGUCACCCCCCAGCGAAGACCACCUCCUGCUGUGCCCCAGACUCCAGUCCACCAUCACACCUCAGGUCCAGGGCUCCACCUCAUCGCCCUGAACAGCCCCCAGACCGGCUCCAUGCGGGGCAUCCGCGGGGCCGACUACCUGUGCUUCACUCAGGCUCAGGCCGUCGGACUCAAGGGGACUUUCCGGGCCUUCCUGUCCGCCAGGCUCCAGGAUCUGCACAGCAUCGUCCGCAAGGCCGACAGGGGCCGAAUGCCAAUCGUCAACCUGAAGGACGAGGUUCUGUUUGACAGCUGGGACGCCGUCUUCAACGACGGCAGAAUGAAGGACAACGUGCCGAUCUACUCCUUCGAUGGCAAAGAUGUCCUCAGCGACGGCACAUGGCCGGAGAAGAUGGUGUGGCACGGCUCGACCGGCGCCGGGCAGGGCCACGUGGAGGGCAUGUGCGAGAUGUGGCGCGUGGGUGACAGGGCGGUGACCGGCAUGGCGUCGCCGCUGCAGAGCGGCAGUCUGCUGCAGGCGAGCGCCAGCAGCUGCUCCGGCUCCUACGUGGUGCUGUGCAUCGAGAACAGCAACACCGCAGAAGCCAAGAGAUAGACGCACACACACACACACACACACACACUGGACAAAGCAUGCUUUGGUCCGCAGAUGCUCUGCUAUCUACUGUAAAUACGUCUUUUUUUUUACUCAUGCAUAGUUUGUGUGUAUCAGCCCUUUGUAUUUGGUGCUAUUCAGGAUUAUCCCACUUCUGGAGCCGAGGUUGAGUUCAGGUGCCUCCUGUUUGUUGAUACAAAUGAUAGCAUUGGCCUGGUUGGUGCUAGCUCGGGAGGUGUUGAGAUUUUGACACAAUAUCCAGAUUUCUCUGGAUAAUUAACAGAACACAGACUGAUUUCUUAGGUGCUAUUUUCUUUGCAGGAAGUAGUUCCAAAGCCUGUUUACAACGUGGUGAAUGGAUAACCCUAGCGGGUCACAGGUUGGGGCCUCUGGUGUGAGACCUUUACAUUGAAGUCUCAGGGCCAAUGUGCUGAAGAACGGUUUCCGGUGUUCCGCCCAUUUUUCUGCAUAGAAGAUAAUAGCAAAACAGUUGCUUAAAAACGUAAAUAGUCAUUGUAAUAGUCAUUAUGGAAUAUCCACAAUGACUAUCCAUAAUCUAUAAUGUACAUGUAACCUCAUAUACCGCUCUGAUAAUACGUAGAAAUGACAUUCAAAACCACCAAGUAUUUCAUUAACCUCCCACAUUAACUGGUUCCUUCUUUACAUCCAUUAUGAAAGGUGUUGCUAAAGGGAGUCAUUCCUGAUUGAAACACAUUUCAGCGUCCAAGAGCAACACAAAAACAAGUUAUGUAAAUGAAAUGUUUGUUUUUGACUUAUUUUUAUCUGUACACAGAUAUCUGUAACCCAUAGCACUCUAUUAACCUAACCUUUUAUACCAACUGUCUUACUUGGGGAGUUUUCAAAUCUUAUUUUUCAGCAGUAACAAAUGGAUAUUUAUUUUUUAUAAAGCGUUUCUACUAUAAUGUGACGUGAAUGCGUUCACAAAGAAUUAAAACAUUUCCAAAUAUAUCCAGCAAAUGGGCAAAGCCAAACACACAAAUGUGUGUAAUGAAUAUUGAAAACUCUGAUAUGGAGUUUGUGCACAUGGUAAGCAGAUGCAUUUAUGUAGAGAUGUCUGGAGGAUUCAGCCAUGAAUGUGUGUUUAUGUAAUUUGUUAGCUUAAACACUGUCAUUAUUCAGAGAGCUUUCAGUCUAACCAAUUCAAUUAGAUUUGUACGUUGUUUUUUGUUUUCUUGUGUGAGCAGGAUUUUUAAUUCUAAUAAACCUGUGUGGAAAUUGUG